GACAAAAAGAAGCUCGCUUGGCUUCCUUCUGUGCAUGUCUGCCAGACAUGGGUGUCCACAUGUGCUCCCAGAGAGCUGUCUUUGGAGAUUGCAAAGGCACCUCCCCCACUGCCCUGUGGCUUGAUUUUUUCCCCCCUAACCUUCUUUGGUGCUUCUCCCAGCCUCCCUCCCUUCUUAAUUAUUCCUGUUUUCUCCCCUAGCCUUUCCCUUUGCGGAAAAGGAAUGUAUCAUGCUUAUUAUUUUAAAAUUCUUGCUUGCGUUAACAUUGCAUUAUUCAGUGAAGAGUCAGUUUUGAACAUCUCAGUGGGUUUGGGGGCUCAUUUCUCUCUACUUUAAAAAAAAAUAAAAGCCCAAAAACUGGAUGCAUGCUUUUUUGAGGGAGAAAACACUGUAGUUCAUCCAUCUGUUAGAUUUUUAACAAGGAAUCGGUGAGAUAGUAGCUCCAGCCAUUUGCUGGUGUGUAUUAAUAAAUGGGAAGUGCAUUUAGUUUGCAGGAACCUUUGGAGCUGAGGUGCUUUGGUAUUUGGUGAGCUGGAUUGUUUUAUUUGUUUGUUUGUUUUUGCUGGAGUUUUUGUUAUUGUUGUUUUUCCUCUUGGUUGUCAGCUGUGAGAAACUGAGACGACAUUGCCCCUCCAGAUAAGGGAUUUGUGGCAAUAAUGCUGGGCUAAGCAGCUUCCGGCACAGCUUACAACAGGGGACCUGAAUGAGUGCUAAGGGAAUGGGCAUCUAGGUGUUAAUGAAAUACUGUGAUACAUUUUACUGUAUGUCUCUGUUUAUAAGUGUGUGCACUAGCAUGUAUCUGAGCCUAUUAUUAUGAGUAAUUAAAUGAACUAGUGAGACCCAGCAGUGUGUGUGUGUGUGUGUGUGUGUGUGUGUGUGUGUGUGUGUGUGUGUUCUUCUGACAUCUUUGCUUUCAUGUCUCUGACCCGGCCCUCAGAUCAAGUAUAGGUGCUCUUCAGUUCAUAAAUCAGUUUACAUUCAUUUGUUUACCUUCCUCCAAACUCAAAAGUACAACAACAACAAAAGCCAUAAUGGAUUAUGCCCACCUCCCUUACAGAAAGUAGGCUUGGGGAAUUAUGUUCCUGUGCUGGCCUUGGCUCCCAUUCUUCCUGGGCAGUGGCAGGCAUGCCCUCUUUGCCUUAGCGUCACUUUGUCAAGCCUUGGAUACGAACUGUAGCUGCAUGUAUUGUUUGGAUUUUGCAUGUGACCAGGGGAAGAGCCCAGUUUCCUGUUGAACAAAAUGCCCAAUGAAACAAGAAUAGGAAGGAAAAGGAAGAAAAUCACGCCAACCCCAAGGGCAGACUCACCACAACCCAUUCCCUGGAGACUCCAGCACGCUUGGAGAGGGAGCUGACAUAAUGUGCACACCGCCGCCGGUGAGCUCACCUGUCCGGAAGAUCAAGGCUGCUGUUUGCUCCAGGGAAAUGCUAGGGGCAGGGAGGCUUAGAAGAGUCAGAGUCUGCUUCCCUGUGUGUGUGGAAGUACCCUCGGAGACGGAAGCCGUGCAGGGCAAUCCCAUGAAGCUGCGCUGCAUCUCCUGUAUGAAGAGGGAGGAGGUGGAGGCCACCACUGUGGUGGAAUGGUUCUACAGGCCUGAGGGCGGUAAAGAUUUCCUUAUAUAUGAGUAUCGAAAUGGCCACCAGGAGGUGGAGAGCCCCUUCCAAGGUCGUCUGCAGUGGAAUGGGAGCAAAGACCUCCAGGAUGUGUCCAUCACCGUGCUCAAUGUCACUCUGAACGACUCUGGCCUCUACACGUGCAAUGUGUCCAGGGAGUUCGAAUUUGAGGCACACAGGCCCUUUGUGAAGACCACGAGACUAAUACCCUUGAGAGUCACUGAAGAGGCGGGAGAAGACUUCACCUCUGUGGUCUCAGAAAUCAUGAUGUACAUCCUCCUGGUCUUCCUCACCUUGUGGCUGUUCAUUGAGAUGAUCUACUGCUACAGAAAGGUCUCCAAGGCUGAAGAGGCAGCCCAGGAAAAUGCGUCUGACUACCUUGCUAUCCCUUCAGAGAACAAGGAGAACUCGGUGGUCCCUGUGGAGGAAUAAUGUGGUGUGACUUGAGGUGAUCUGAGCACUGAGGGACUGGAUAUUCCCAGUUCAGUGAUGUCAGCAGCAUCAGCAAGGUGCCCCCAGGAGUCCCAGUGCAUCUGUCUAUCUAUUCAUCAACCACCCACCCAACUGUGAGAUUUUACCUGACUUCCAAGCUCUAUUGGAACUCUACACAUCUUGCCUGAACUGAAGAGCCAACAUCUCCGACAUGGACUAAACCUCACUCUGUCCUUGCUUUCAAGCAAGCAGCUCCCAACUCCACUAAAGUUGUCCCCUAUGCUCCAAAUGACUUUAGAUAAGUACUGGAGAGUAGUGUUCCCUCUGCCCAAACUGUCUGCAAUUGGGUCGUUCUCCACUGCUACGAAAUGAAUGAUGUAUACCAGAAGGAAGCAUUGGUCAGUUUGGGUUAAAGCCGAAGCAUGCUGUGCACUUAGAUUCACUGAAGUCAGUUUUUCCUAAGUCCAUGGCCUGCUUUGCAGAGCACCAGAAAGCAGCAUGCCCCUCCAGGGUUUCCAGGAACAUCUUCCAUGUGGACUGGUCUGCUUUCCGGAGCUUAGUGUUUCAGGGCUAGAUCUCCAUAAUUCCAAAGGCCUGGAGCAAACCCAGAACUUCUAAGAAGGCAAGGAAGGAUCCAGGGUAAUUUCACUAGUUCUUGAAAGUGAUAUAACACACUCUUGAUAUUGGAAACAUGGCUGUGUGUCCUUUCUGGGUUGAAAUUGCUCAGUUGCUCUUUUCUCAGUGUCUGUGGAUCAGUAUUAUCCCUCAUUUUACAAGAGGCAGCUGAGACUCACACAGGGUUGAAUGGGACAGGUAGGGGAUUAAAGUGGCCUAGAGAUGAGAUUUCAAUGCUACCAACCUCACAUUCCCUGAAAUGAGCGAUGUUUUUGAAGAUACUGACAUCCAGCUUGGCUAUAGCCAUGCAACUUGCCCAGCAGAGGCUAACUAGGAUUGAUUCAGGGAACUGGAAACCACGCAAGAAAACACAGAGGGCAUGAGAUAGACCUGCAGAAUUUCCCACAAAGAUUUAUGAAUCUGAAGCAUCCUCCAGGAGACACAGCCUCUGAGGGUGAUAUCUAUAUAAACUAAGAUGUUUUAGUCUGAGACGGAUGAUGGUGGACAAAGUGACAAAGAUGGGUGUGUAGCUUCUAAAUACCUCGCCUGUAACCUGUAAUGUUUGGUAUCUGGUGUUUGUGUACCCCGCCCCCACCUCCCCACCCCCGACCCAGGAGAGCAGACAAAAAGUGAGAAGAUCUUGGUCAACAUCUCAUGAUCUCAUUAUAAUGACUGUUCUAAGUGCAAUAUUCUUUAGCCCCUACAGAUAGCAAGGGCAGGAGGCCUUAAGGGAUAUAAAAAGAUGGAAGUGGGAGUCAAUAAGAGAAUGUCCCUCAGAUCUGGAGAGAUCUCUAAGAAAGACCAUUCUCCACUCCCACGGGGGUUUGUAUAACAAACUCGCUUUUUCACCCCCUUCAUCACUGGGGCAUACUUGAAACAAGACCCUCAACAUCUAUGAAAAGAGUCUACUUUUGUUGGAGAAAAUAUUCGCAAUAAAUUCAAGACCCUUCUUCUCACCA